UGCUUGGUUCCCAUUUUCUACUGCACUCUCUUCCUUUGUUCUCAAAAUGUUGUUCUUCUCGUACUUCAAGGAUUUGGUGGGAAGAGAAGUAACGGUGGAGCUCAAGAACGAUUUGGCCAUAAGGGGCACUCUUCACUCCGUUGACCAGUACCUCAACAUCAAGCUCGAGAACACUCGCGUCGUUGACCAAGACAAGUACCCCCAUAUGCUUUCUGUGAGGAACUGCUUCAUCAGAGGUUCAGUGGUCAGAUACGUGCAAUUACCUCCAGAAGGCGUGGACGUUGAACUAUUGCACGAUGCCACUAGGAGAGAAGCUCGGGGUGGUUAACCGGUUAUUCUUAUAGUGUAUCUUUCUGUUGUAGUCUGUUUGGAUUGAAAUGUCAUGGAUAUUUUGGUUUCGGAUAAAGAAAGAAACACUUAACAGAUGUUGAGGCUUUUUAA